AUGCGCAUGUUCAGACCGCGGACGUCAGCGCAUGCUCAGAAACGAAGCCGCGCUGCUGCGAAAUGGAGGUCGUUGUGUCUCGGAUGGAGAGAGGAGGGUUCAGAUGCUGCAAUCUGCAGCAAGGUACCAAAUGCUGGAGGAGCUCAGCAGGUCGGGCAGCAUCUGUGGAGACUAAGGGUUGGCAGACAUAUCAGGUCACGAAGGGGAUCUUGCAGGCCACGUCAGCGUUGGAUCUCUGAAGCAGCCUCGGGCUGGGCGGCAGGGGUGCAGGCCUGGACGAUAUCGCGAUGGCGGGGGGACGACCUGGUGUUUGAACAAUUUAAACGUUGGCCCAGAUGGAUUGAAAAGUCGGAGUAUGGGACUGGAGACGGGGUUCAGGCCGACUCGGCAUUUACUGGAAAGGACGAAAUACCAUGGAGUUGGAGCUUAAGACCACGUGAGCUGUUCUUGUGGCUCCACAGAGGACUGUCUUGUCUCCCUUUCUCUUCACCAUUUACACCUCGGACUUCAACUACUGCACAGAGUCUUGUCAUCUUCAGAAGUUUUCUGCUGACUGCCAUAGUUGGAUGUAUCAGCAAGGGAGAUGAGGCUGAGUACAGGGCUACAGUAGGAAACUGUGUCACAUGGUGUGAGCAGAAUUAUCUGCAGCUUAAUGCGAAAAAGACUAAGGAGCUGGUGGUAGACCUGAGGAGAGCUAAGGUACCGGUGACCCCUGUUUCCAUCCAGGGGGUCAGUGUGGACGUGGUGGAGGAUUACAAAUACCUGGGAAUACCAAAUUGACAAUAAACUGGACUGGUCAAAGAACACUGAGGCUGUCUACAAGAAGGGUCAGAGCCGUCUCUAUUUCCUGAGGAGACUGAGGUCCUUUAACAUCUGUCGGACGAUGCUGAGAAUGUUCUACGAGUCUGUGGUGGCCAGUGCUAUCAUGUUUGCUGUUGUGUGCUGGGGCAGCAGGCUGAGGGUAGCAGACACCAACAGAAUAAACAAACUCAUUCGUAAAGCUAGUGAUGUUGUGGGGAUGGAACUGGACUCUCUCACGGUGGUGUCUGAAAAGAGGAUGCUGUCUAAGUUGCAUGCCAUCUUGGUCAAUGUCUCCCAUCCGCUACAUAAUGUACUGGGUGGGCACAGGAGUACAUUCAGCCAGAGACUCAUUCCACUGAGAUGCAGCACAGAACGUCAUAGGAAGUCAUUCCUGCUUGUGGCCAUCAAACUUUACAACUCCUCCCUUGGAGGGUCAGACACCCUGAGCCGAUAGGCUGGUCCUGGACUUAUUUCAUAAUUUACAUAUUACUAUUUAACUAUUUAUGCUUCUAUUACUAUUUGUUAUUUAUGGUGCAACUGUAACGAAAACCAAUUUCCCCCGGGAUCAAUAAAGUAUGACUAUGACUAUGACUAUUGUCCAAGACCUCUUGCAAUGGACAAAGGAGCCCAUGACAAUACAAACAGGAUUUGGCUACCCACCCAGCAAUGCAACUAGAUCAUAAGCACAAGAGUUUCUGCAAAAGCUGGAAAGCAAGUUCCUCCAGCAUUUUAUGUGUGUUGCAAUUAGAUCGGCCUUGGGCUGUCCCAGGUCUCAAUUCCUCUCCUGUGUUAGUUCCCCACAGGUUUCAAUCCCUCCAUCUUCCAAAGAUUUAUCUUCCCUACUAAAUACCCUAACCACCCAGAGAAUCCUAGAGAUUUGCCAUCCUCUGGACAAGCAGCACCUAUGCAACUCACUUCUAAGUGAGAGUCCCCUCAUCUUGUGACCAUAUCCCCUCAAGACUCUCUCAGCUGGGAAACAUCUCAACAUCUACCUCGUCCUGUAUAUCAGGGGUAGCUUUUUUACAGAGAACACACCAUCGAGGGCGGUCGUUGAGAGUAAUACAUGAGGGGCAUUUAAGAGUCUCUCGGAUAGUUACAUGGAUGAAAGAAAAAUUGAGGGCUUUGGGCUUUGUGGGAGGGAAAGGGUAGAUUGAUCGUGGAAUAGGUUAAGAGGUUUGGCACAAUAUCGUGGGCUGAAGGACCUGAGCUGUCUUUGGAUCUUGUCUUUCAAUAAGAUUAUCCGUAACUCUUCUGAAAAACAUGUCCAAAAAAGAUUUUUGUUUGCCUUUCAUGAUGGGACAGAUUGCUCAUCCCGGGAAUUAGUCUUGUGAAUUUUAUCUAGACUUCCUCCAAUGUUCAUUAGAGUUUUAAAAUCUGGGGACCAGCUCGGUGGACAGUGCCCCCUCGCACUGAGGAAUGGUGAGAUGGGCAGGCUCACUGUAUCCACUCCACUUGGUUAAUGAUGCCUGCCACGUCACCGUUCUGUCUUCACUUCCCUAAUGUAAUGUCCUGUACUCCAGUUCGUUCAUCCCUCAUGGGCGAGGGAACAUGUGGCAUUGACUGCUUCUCUCCCAUCAAUUCUCCACUGCUCCAUGCCUUGUAUCCUUUGGAUCCAAUCAACAUGGUCCUUGUCUUCUAAUUCACGUGCUUCAUCUUCCUGAAUGAAGCCGUUAAGGUCCAUGCCCAGAACAUCCACGCUUCCCUGUUACUUUGUCAAAGAAUUCAUAAUGGAAUUAAGGAGUUUUCCUUUAAAUCAGUCUGCUUUUGUCAUCUCAGCAGACUUUUGGUAGCCCUUUGUUACACUCCUAAGGCAGGUACAUGCACUCUUGGGUACUGCUUUGGGCAUAAUCUCACUACAGCCCUGUACAACUGUACUAAGGCCUCCUCACUGCCGUGGUUGAAAUCUCUUGCAAUAGAACACCAGAAAAUGGAAGCAGGAUUAAUCUUAGCUCGUUUAUCCCUGGAAUUAUCCUAGUGAAUCUCUUUGAGUGCAAGGCCUGUGCCAGAUUGAUUAAAAACAACUGUGCUUUUCAAACACAAGAGAUUCUGGAAAUCCAGAGCAAGCACACAAAAUGCUGGAGGAACUCAGCAGGUCAGGCAGCAUCCAUUGAGAGGAAUAAAGAGCUGACAUUUUGGGCCGAGACCUUUCAUCAGUUAAGACCCUGGUGAAGGGUCUCAGCCCGAAAUAUCAGCUGAUGAGUGUAGUUAACCCCUUUUGUUCAAGAGUCUGAUGGUUGAGGGGUAGUAACUGUUCUUGAAUCUGGCGGUGCGAGUCCUGAAGCUCCUGUACCUUCUACCUGAUGGCAGCAGCGAGAAAAGAGCAUGGCCUGGGUGGUGAGGAUCUUUGAUAAUGGAUGCUGCUUUCCUAUGACAGUGUUUCAUGUAGUUGUGCUCAAUUGUUUACCCAUAAUGUACUGGGCCAACCUUUUGUAGGAUUUGACGUUCCAGAGCAUUGGUGUUUCCAUAUGCGGUCAGUCAAUACACUCUCCACUACACAUCUAUAGAAGUUUGUCGAAGUUUUUGAUGUCAUGCCAACUCUUGUGACGCUGGAGGUUCACCGUCCGUGUGAGAUGGUGGGACUUCCGAGAGACUCUGAGACUUUUACUGUGCCAUGGUCUGUUCUUAUCAAAUUACGGUAUUGCUUUGCACUGUUGUAACUAUAUGUUAUAAUUAUGUGAUUUUUGUUAGUUUUUAAGUCGGUUUGUCAUGUGUUUUUGUGAUAUCAUUCUGGAAAAACAUAUUUUAUCAUUUCUAAAUGCAUU